GCAGCACCGGCGGCAGUGGCCCGUCCCCGCAUGCGCUUCCUUCCUGCGGCGGGGAGGGUCGGAGCGUUUAUAAAUCGGGGCCCGGGACAGAGAGACGGGAUGCCAGAGAUUUGCAGCACCGCUCGGUCCCUUCGCCGCUUGCCAUGCGGCGGCUCCCGCUGCCGCUGCCGCUGCUACUGGCCGGGCUGGGGCUGGGGCUCGGCGGGGCACUGGAGCCCGUCGCCCUCUCGGGUGCCCAGUGUUUGGAACACGACUGUUUCGGCAUCUUUUGGGCGAAGAAGUCCUUCGCGGAGGCCAGCGAGGUGUGCGAAAGGGGAAGCGGGCAUCUGAUGACCGUCCGUUCCACCGUGGCCGAGGAUGCCAUCUCCUUGCUGCUGCAGAACCGGAGCGGGACGUUGUGGCUGGGCUUGAGUUUGCCCCUGCCUUGCACCGAGCCCACUCAACGCCUUCGAGGUUUCAAGUGGGUGACGGGCGACCGCCGCACCGAUUACACCAACUGGGCCCCGUCGGGGCGGCGCUGCUCGGAGCGCUGCGUCACCGUGUCCCGGGACCUGCUGUGGGAAGAGCGGCGGUGCGAGGACCCGGCCGAUGGCUUCCUCUGCGAGUACAACUACGACGGCAGCUGCCCUCGCCUGCCUCCCACCCAAGGGCUGCUCGUCACCUACACCACCCCGUUCGGCGCCCGCGGCGGCGACUUUAUGGCUUUGCCGCCCCGCAGCACUGCCAGCAUCCCGGCCCUGGGGCUGGAGCUCCGUUGCGACGAGGAAGGGAUGAGCGGGGGGCUGCGCUGGGGCCGUGACACGCCGGGAGCUUGGCCCUGCCGCCUGGCCAACGGGGGCUGCGAGGAGACGUGCGACGAGGAGAGGGGCCGGGCGCGCUGCUCCUGCCCCGACGGCAAGGUGCUGGGCCCCGACGGGCGCAGCUGCGAUUCGCCCUGCGCCGGUGCGGAGUGCCGGCAUCACUGCGUGGUGGCUGGCGGCAGCUUCCUCUGCAUGUGCGACUCGGGCUACCGGCUGGCCGCCGACGGCUACAGCUGCGAGGACAUCGACGACUGUGCCAUCUUGCCCAGGCUGUGCGAACAGGUCUGCGUCAACACCAAGGGCGGCUUUGAGUGCCACUGCCACAGCGGCUACAAGAUGCUGGACGGGCGGUGCCAGCCCAUCAACCCCUGCGACGAGGCUCCCUGUGAGCAGCAAUGCGAACAGGUGCCCGGGGGGUACCAUUGCAGCUGCUACCCCGGCUACGCUAUUCACCCCCCGGGGUCCAUCCACUGCCGGCUCCACUGCAACAGCAGCCAGUGCCCAGCCCAGUGUGACAAAGACGCCGACUCCUGCGAGUGCCCCGACGGCUUCCUGCUGGACACUGACGCUGACGAGGAGCAGGUCUGCGUGGACCUCGAUGAGUGCGACAUGAACUACUGUGACCACAACUGCACCAACUACCCUGGUGGCUACGAGUGCCACUGCAACCCUGGCUACCAGCUCAUUGCCUUGCAUAAGUGCAUCAUAAUCACGGUGGAGGACGGGGAGGGAGCAUUCUCGGGGGAUUCAGGACCUACAUCCCAGACGCCCACCCCCAGCAGGACCCCACCGAAGGCAGAGUACCUUCACCCUGGCGUGCUGGUGGGCAUUUGCGUGGGCGCCCUCUCAGCGGCCCUGGCCCUGCUAGCCCUGGGCUACCACCUGGCAAAGAAGUGCUGCAGGCCCCCUGCCACCAUGGAUUACAAGUGCAGCAGCCCCCACGAAAAGGAGAUGGGGCUUCAGCCGGUCACUACGGUGUGUGCCACCUCCAGCCAGAAACUGUAGGGAGUGCGGGACGGAGGGAGAGAGGGAGGUGGAUAGAACUGGGUAACAUUUACUCCCCUACCCCCACACACACUCCCCGUUUUUUAAUGAUGGAGAAAAAGCUGUCUUCACCCCCACUUCUGAACAUGUUCACUCCCUUCCAGCAGGCUCUUGCAACACCGAGGAGUGGGGAAGGGAAUGUGGAAGGCACGGAGCUGUGCUCAGCUUCUGCUGCUUUCCACUUUCCUUUGCUCAAGCUGUCAGUCAGGGAAACCCUCCUGUGUGUGUGUGUUACAGGAGAGGAACCGUGGCUGAGCUUAUCAUGGACCAUGGCCCCAAAUCCUCCUCCUCUUGCCUGGGAAGCUGGGCUGGGCAUGAGGAUUUUUCCUGGGGUAUGGAGGAGCUGGGAUGCUCCUGCCUUUAUCUGGAUUGGAUUUAGUUGUUUGGGUGGGGGGUUUUUUAAG